CUCUGGGUAGAACUGCGCUCCAGAUAGCCAUCCAGAAUGAGAAUAUCGAGAUCAUUGAACUACUUCUCCGAUACCAUGUACACGUGGGUGACGCUCUCCUUCACGCCAUCGACGAGGAGGUCGUGGAGGCCGUCGAACUCCUUCUCAACUAUAAACCUCCAAAGAAGGACCUCCAUGUCCGGAUACUUCAAGAGACACAGGAAUCCGACUACGACUCGGAUAUCUCACCGGUCAUCAUGGCGGCCCAUCGGAACAACUACGAGAUUCUCAAGGUGCUUUUAGAACGCGGAGCUUCGAUCCCUAAACCUCACGACGUGAAGUGCGGCUGUGACGACUGCAAGGCCAGUAUACGUCACGAUGGUCUGCGGCAUUCGCGGUCGAGGCUCAAUAUUUACCGCGCCCUGGCGAGCUCUUCGCUGAUCGCCCUCUCCAGCGACGAUCCAGUACUCACAGCCUUUGAGCUGAGUUGGGAGCUGCGAAAACUCAGUCAUAAAGAAAACGAGUUCAAAGAAGAGUACGAGAAGUUGGCCGAGAACUGUCGAGAGUUUGCGACCCAGCUGUUAGACCAGACGAGAGGGUCCCACGAACUAUCGACGAUCCUCAACCGAGACGAAGACGCGCCAUCGGGGGAGGAAGCGCUCAGUCGACUAAGACUUGCCAUCAAAUACAAGCAAAAAGCGUUCACUGCCCAUCCGAACUGUCAGCAGCUCCUCGCCGAGGAAUGGUACCAGGGUCUCCCGGGUUGGCGGCGGCAGCAUUGGACCCUCAAAGUAGCCAUCAGCGUCGUCGUAGGCAUGUCCUUUCCACUGCUUUCCUUCUUGUAUCUAUUAGCGCCCAGGGCUAAGCUUGGCCGUAUAUUACGUCUUCCAUUCAUCCAGUUUAUUUGUCAUAGUGCCUCCUACUUGGUAUUCGUCGUCUUACUCCUCAUGGCGUCGCUCGAAUUCGGUAACAGUACCACUGAUCGAGUCAACAGGCGCGGUCCACCGCCGUCGGAAGUCGAGCUACUCAUUGUCUGGUGGAUUGCAGGAUUCGUCUGGGCAGAAAUCAAGCAACUCUGGGAUGCAGGAAUUAUCGAGUAUUUACACGAUUGGUGGAAUUUACUCGACUUCAUAACUAAUUCGCUUUACAUAACAGUAAUAGGUCUCAGGAUAACGGCCUACGUAAAUAUACACAUUAUAAAGAACGAAGAGUAUGGUGAUCAGGACAUGCCUCGAGAUGCCUGGGAUAUGUGGGAUCCAACUCUUCUGGCAGAAGCAGCUUUCGCAGUAGCAAAUGUAUUGAGCAUGCUCCGUCUCGUCUACCUGUUCACUGCCAACUCUCACCUAGGCCCUCUCCAGAUAUCACUAGGUCGCAUGGUGGAAGACAUCGUCAAGUUCGCUUUCCUAGCCAUCCUCGUACUCUUCUCCUUCGCUGCGGGUCUUAAUCAGCUUUACUGGGUGUAUAGAAACAGCCCUGAAGGGCCAGAUAAGUGCACCGGCGUGACGUGCGCAGAGCAGGACCAUAAUGUCUUCUCAAAUAUGCUCAAAUCACUAGAGGCGCUGAUGUGGGCAAUCUUUGGUCAGCUUCAGGUAUCUGUGGUCAAUCUACCCGAAACACAGCAUGACGUCACCGUGUUCAUCGGCGCCGUCAUGCUCUGUACAUACAGCGUCAUCACCAUCGUCAUCCUUCUCAAUCUCCUCAUCGCCAUGAUGAACACCUCAUUCCAGAAAAUUCAGACCCGAGCCGACAUGGAGUGGAAGUUCGCCCGAGCCAAACUCUGGAUGAGUUACUUCGAGGAAGGCAAUACCCUCCCCUCCCCCUUCAACAUCAUUCCCAGCCCAAAGUCAUUCUAUUUCUUAUUCCGAUGGUUAUGGAAAAACAUAUGCUGCUGCCAGUGGAAACAGAAGACGUUAGCCACUGUGAAUCGAGUGCGUGAUCAGACACAAAAGAAAAAGGAGAAAGACGACGAUUACCAGAAAGUCGUGAAAAACUUGGUGAAGCGUUACCUGAAGUAUUCUAAGCGUGGUGAACAAGAGAAGGGUGUCACCGAGGACGAUCUGAACGAGAUCAAACAGGACAUCUCCGCCUUCCGCUACGAGAUGCUGGAAAUUCUCAAGAAGAAGGAACCAGUGGUCGCUCCCAAAAGUGUCACGUUCCAAAACGGAACUGGGGGCAAUGGCCCCGAUCAUUCACGAAAGACCACGAACUCCUCCGAAGACGAAAAUAACCUUCACCGAGUCCCGUCGUACCUCUAUCGGAAGGGCAAGAAGGGUAAGAAGAGCCCUCAGCAUCGCGAUCAGCCUUCCAUAAAGCCAAUCAAGAGCGCUCCCAUUCGGGACGAGGACUACUCCAUGCCGGAGUUCUUAAAAGUGAAAAACGUCAAGAAUGUGGUGCUGGCGGUCAACGAACUCCAAAAGAAAUCAAUGAGGAGAAGACUAUCGCAGGCCGCGGCGUCGGAGAUGCGAAAUCAGGAAGAAAGGCGGUUGUCGUCAUCGUCUCUGUCAGCGGAAGUCGUACCGGAGGUGGCUUCACCCUGGAAAAGAGCAGCUCUGAGUGAUUCUGGCAUUUCCGAAUCGGUGGAAGACCUGCCAACUUCAAAGAAACUCGAUACGGUUAAUGAGUAUUCGACGGAGGAUGAGGGGGAAGGUGACAACGGUGGUAGUCUUGAGAGAAAAGAAAAGGAGGUUGAUGAUGUGGACGAUUCAUCGCGAAGAUCAUCGUUGAGUGGGAGAGCUCCUCUGAGGAGGGAAAAGGCUUUUGCCUCAAGAAUGGAGGAUGAGGACAGUCCACCAUCGAUUCCUCAAGGAGAUCCAAACGCACCUUCUCCGGACGCUAGUGCUGACUCGCAAAGCACCUCAGGAAUAGCAUCAACAAACAAUAGCUUCCAAUCCCAGGACUCAAGAGAGGACGAUCCUGACGACGAGAAUGACGAUGAUGAUGAUGACGACGACGACGAUGAUGAUGAAUUGCAAAUCCCCGAAGACAAUGCUACGAACAGCCUCGAUGAGAACGAUGAAGAUGCUUCGACCGAUCGAGUGAAUUCGUCGCCGCUUCUCGGUAACGGCGGGGACGUUGGAGACCAGCCAUUGACAGAAAUUCCGCAGCUUAACUGGCAAACCAAAAGGCCUUCUUAUCCAUGGGCGGACAAUAAUUCCCCAAAGGAUGGAAUCGAAAUGAAGAGAUAUGUCUACAAUGGUUUCAACAAUUUACCGAACUAAAACAUUCGGGUUUUUUAAGUGUAUUAUAACUAAUUAUUCAAUGCAGCUAAUAGUGUAGGGACAAUAAACGCUUAUUAUGAUAAUUAUCAGAGUAAUUAUAUCAUCAUCAUCUUCAUCCACAUAUUCACUUUUAUAGUAAGAACAGACAUCGUUACCUCUAAAAUAUUUUCACUAAAUGGUAAGCGUGUAAAGAACUUCUGUACAACAAAGUCAAGCCCCAAAAUGUAAUUUGAACUUGAUAAAAUCAUUCAAUCAUUGCAUUAGAGUGGAGAAAAACAUAUGGCGCUUAAAGUUCGCCUACUAUAUUAAAUACGAUGAUGUAUUUUCUUUACGUCAUCUUAUCGUUUUAUAUAGCAAGUAUUUUGUAAGACUAGUUCGACCUGACUUCCAUGUUUUUUUUUAUAUGUUUAUAGAUAUGGGAUUUUGAUUUAAUAUGAUGGAGUGUGUGAUAUUGAUGCUUUCUACUUCUUGUAGUUCAAUCGUAUUAUGGAACAUUCGUUUAUUUUUUUUGUCAAAUGAUAUUGAAUAUACGUUUCAUACUUAAAUCAAAUUUAGAAUGUCUAGUGUUUCUCAUCUUUUCACUUUCUUUGUAUCUCAUUCCACUUCAUAAUAGAUAUCUGAAUCUGUUCUUCCCAUCUACCCCCUUAACUCAACAUCUUUACCCCCCCCCCCCCACCCCGCCCUUCCCCACUAUUUCUCAAUCUUUUUAUCUUUUCACCCUCUCUCUAGCAGUAUGCGCACACUCAUAUUUUUUUUUAAGAUCUCAGUUUAACAUGAGUUAUAUGAGCCUCGUGUUAAAAUUGGAAGGAAGUCGUAUUAUGCAACAGUGAAUAUUACUUAGAUGAAUGUACGUGAGUUUAUCGAUGUAAGUAUCUGACGGUUGCUAUGGUAACUAUCUUCAUCAAUGAUUUCAUCACUCCGCCCGGAUAUCGCCAACUGUAUCCCGAAUUCAGAAGAUGUAACGAAUGAUGUGAUAUUUUCCUCGAUGUAUCUUGCAUUUUCCAUGAUCUAAUGGAGGACUGAUCAUUGUAAAAAUUGGGGGAAUGAAUUAGAUAUGCAGUUGCAGUUUAUCGAUGAAUUGGUAAUUUCCAUAAACUUAAUUAAAUAUUUUAUCAGGUAUAUUACUGUAGCGCUUUCUAAUAUCGCCAUCAAACACUUUCCCUUUCUCCUAUAGCGAGCGAAGCUACAAAAGGAGUAUUAUCUCUAAAACCUAGGGUCAGGUUUGGGCUCAAUUACUUUCUUCAAUUACAAUUAAAAUUACGUAAUUGAAGAAAUGUUCAAUUGCAAUUACUUUUCAAUUAAAUUACAUUUUUCAAUUACAAUCACCAAUUACUUUUGUCAAUUACAAUUUCAAUUACUUUCUAUGAAAGUCAUAAAUGAAAUCAAUUUGUAUUCUGUAUGUACUAGCACCACCUAUUUCAACAUAAUUCUAAGUUAUAGAGAAACUGAAAAGAUGAAGGUCUGUGUUAAAGAGCACGGAUUCUGCCUAUUGCUCUCUUUGAUGCUGAACCAGCUGACAUGAAAAGGAUGGGAAAUUAAGUCAUAAAUUUAGCAAGUUUAUUAUUAAGUAAUUGAAUGUAAUUAAAAUUAAUUGACAGUAACUGAAGUCAAUUACACUUUUUUCAAUCACAAUUACUUUCCCUCUCAAAAUUUCAAAUACAAUGACAAUUACUCAUAAAAUGUAAUUAAUUAUGUAAUUGAGCCCAACCCUGCCUAGGAUCCCCCAUUAUACUCCAAACAAAUUUUACAUUGUACAUUUCAGUUUGUAAAUGGGCGGGCAUCUCGUUGCCCCAGAGAACAUCAAUGAGAAUUAUAAUUUAUUUGCCAGAACACAUGAAAUAAGAGUGACUGCUGUCUAAAAUAAACGAGCGUAGGGAGUGAUCACAAUAGAAAUAUCAAAAGCAGCCAACAUGGCCAACUGUGAUAGACUAUAUUUGCAUAUCCAUAUAGAU